CAUGGCAACCAAGGGGUGGAGCGGCGGCGUUGAGGACGACGUGGGUGCCGAUGAACCCACUGCGCCGCGACAUCCCCACUCGACGCCGCCUGUUCAGGGUUUUCAUUGGGCGGGCAUGCGCCACCUUUGCCAUGGCAACUUGAACUUGCCAGCUAACCGAUGGCGCCAUGUUUCAUCGGUUGUAGCACAUGUCUGUGCACCGCCCAACGUGGACCGCCCCUUCUUCCACGAUUCGACGGGGCGAUGGUACACGGAGCGGGGGGUGUCCAGGCAGCGUGGGGGGUUCCAUCCACAACGACGUCGUAGCUCGUCUAGCGUGAUCCAAGUGCACCAAGUGGACAAUGGUGUCAAUGGAGAUAAUAUUAGGGUGCAUUAAUAAGUUGGGUGGUUCCGUGCGGUGUCGGCUCACGAGAGCAAAAACGCAAUGGACGAGGCGUUCCGGCGGCGGUGGCUGGUCGUCGCAGGAGCCUCGGUGGUGUGCUGCUUGUGCAAGUGGUAGUACAUUUGAAAUCGAGAGAUCGACGACAGCGUCGUCGUGGGGUGGCUCGCCGUCGUGGGAAACGUCGAGGACGAGGCGCCAAUGUCCGACGACUGGGGCUUGACCGCCACGCCGUGCAAUUGAUACUCGUUUGACGGGUGAAACACAAACGGCGAUGGCUCGAGCGACGGCUCCUGGCAUUUGAUCCCGUCCAACGCAUACGGAAUGUCGAAGACAGACUGUGACGGGCGGUUGCGCGAGCUGCCGCCAACAGGCGCGAUCUUGUACUUGGGGGCAGUGGUCAUCUUGCACGAGUGCCGCUUGGUCGGGAGGAGGUCAGUUUGGGGCGACGUGGGUGUGCGCAUC